AUGGACGAAUCAUGUGACUGUGGACAUGAAUCACGGACGACUAGCCACACCGUAAACGAAUGCUCUUUGCGAGCAUUCACAGGCUCCGUGCACGACAUUCAUCAAGCGAGAGAAGAAGCGGUAAAAUGGAUAGAGGAACUGGAUGUUGUUACAUUAUAA